AUGAGCUUGGGGAAGGGCCCGAUGAACUGGUUCCAAAACCUCCCCAACAACUCCAUCCACAAUUGGGAAGGGGUCAUGUCCAACUUCUUGACCCAGUAUUCCUCGGUAAGAAACAUUCCGAAGUCAGAAGAAACUCUGGCUCUGAUCAAGCAAGGCGAGAAGGAAUCCCUGAAGGCUUUUCUUAAUCGCUUCAACAAAGAAGCAGGAGACAUUCCGGACCUCCUCCCUCAGGUCCGCCUGAUCUUGGUACGACAAGCGCUUAGGCCAGGUCCUUUCCUAACUUCUUUGGAUGGAAAGAAGGCCCGGACGCUGGAGGAAUUCCAGGCCCGAUCAGAGAAGUAUAUUAACAUGGAGGAGGCUGCAACAUUAAGGUCCUCCAAUCAAAUCCCAGGCCAUCGACCCUCUGAGAAAACCCGAGAGCCGAGUGAACCUAGGCGCGAUCGCGAACAGCGACAGAAAAGCCAGGAUGAGAAAAAGCAGAAGCGGAAGAGCCCCGGUCACAACACGGACGAAUGUCUGAAUCUGAAAGACAAGGUGGAAGAGCUGGCAACCCCCCUCGUCCGCAUUUGCCACCUACCAGACGAUCACCCAACCCACCCAGGGCCCGGGCCAGGACCCCCCAGGAAUCGUGCACGUACACCUCCUCGAGAAAGGAGCCCCCGUCAUAGAACCCCCGACCGGCGCAGGAGUCCCGAACGUCGUAGAAGUCCGAAUCGGCGCCGCUCUCCAGACCGGCGGGACCAAGAUGAUGUACGACGACGCCACGGGACCAACCUGGUCGACGUCGGCUCGAUUGCUGGAGGAUGGGCAGCAGGUGGACCAUCAAACAAUAGUCGGAAGAAAAGCACUCGAGUUAUCAUGUCAGCCGCUGGGAGACCUCGUCCUAACUCCCUUCGUACGCCGCAGCAGAAAGUUCCCAUCACCUUCACAGAAGACGACUACGGCACAGACACCGGCGAGGAGGACGACCCGAUCGUCGUAGAAGCCCUCAUCGCAAACGGUAAGGUACGGCGAGUACUCAUCGAUACAGGUAGUUCUGCUGACAUUAUGUUUUAUGAUGCUUACAAAACCCUAGGCUUAUAUGUGAAAGACCUGAUCCCCUAUGACCAUGACCUGAUCGGUUUCACUGGGGACAGAGUUCUACCGUUAGGAUAUUUUGAUGCAUACCUCUCCCUAGGAGACCCUAAUGUUUGCAGGACUAUCAAAGCCCGGUUCUUAGUGGUGAAAUGCCCAACAGCCUACAACGCCAUCAUCGGCAGACCAAGCCUUAAUGUCUACCGAGCCAUCAUCUCCACCCACCACCUGAUGUUGAAAUACCCGUGGGCCGGUAGGGCAAUUUCCGUACGCGGAAACCUAACCAUGGCCGGGGGGUGUUAUAACUCUAGCCGCAGAUUGGCGCGACAGGAUCGCAAGAGGAAAGAGCCCGACCGAGGCAAAAGGGUCGAAAACUUCCAUCUUCGAGCAGGAGUGUGCUUGACGGACAUCGAUCCGCGAGUAGACCAAUCCAGAGAGGACCAACGUCUUAAGCCGGACGGGGAAGCACGACCAGUCCAGAUCGGUCGUGGCCUCGAGCAAACCACCAAACUGGCGCGAGACCUCCCUCAGGAUCUGUCCAACCGACUGAACCCUUCUGAGAAGUAA